GCUAAAUAAAAGGUCUCCCGAACCCUUUGCUCCUCACUCAACUGCACCACUCAGUCAGCAAGAUCCUCACACCUCCAACUUUGACUACACUGUACACAACAUGUGCUCUACCGGAUGCUGCUCCGUUGUGAAAAGCAAAACAGUGUGCUGCAGCCAGCCAUGCCUGAAGACCGCCUGCUGCAACCCAUGCCUGAAGACCGUCUGCUGCAACCCAUGCCUGAAGACCGUCUGCUGCAGCCCAUGCCAGAAGUCCAUCUGCUGCGACCCAUGCCAGAAGCCCUGCUGUGAUCCAUGCCAGCAGUCCUGCUGUGACCCAUGCCAGCAAUCCUGCUGCAAUCCAUGCCAGCAAUCCUGCUGUGACCCAUGCCAAAAACCCUGCUGUGAUCCAUGCCAGCAAUCCUGCUGCGAUCCAUGCCAGCAAUCCUGCUGCGAUCCAUGCCAGCAGUCUUGCUGUGACCCGUGCCAGAAGCCCUGCUGCGAUCCAUGCCAGCAGUCUUGCUGUGACCCGUGCCAGAAGCCCUGCUGUGACCCAUGCCAGCAGUCCUGCUGUGAUCCAUGCCAGCAAUCCUGCUGUGACCCAUGCCAGAAGCCCUGCUGUGACCCAUGCCAGCAGUCCUGCUGUGAUCCAUGCCAGAAGCCCUGCUGCGAUCCAUGCCAGCAAUCCUGCUGUGACCCAUGCCAGCAAUCCUGCUGUGAUCCAUGCCAGAAGCCCUGCUGCGAUCCAUGCCAGCAGUCUUGUUGCGAUCCAUGCCAGCAAUCCUGCUGUGAUCCAUGCCAGCAGUCCUGCUGCGAUCCAUGCCAGCAGUCCUGCUGCGAUCCGUGCCAGCAGUCCUGCUGUGACCCAUGCCAGAAGACUGUCUGCUGUACCAAGGUGUGCCAGAAGUCCUGCUGCUGCUGUGGCCAAGCAUGCCAGCAACCUUGCUGCUGCUGCUGUGGCUGCAGCCCCUGCUGCUGCUCUGGAGGCCUGUCUUGCUGCUCCUACACUGUGAAGAAGAAGCCCGCCGUGGUGUGUUGCACCCCCGUAAGGAAGUAUUGCAUCCCCAUCCAGCAGUGCUGCACUGCCAUCAAGAAGCGUUGCUGAGCCAGCUCAGGGUGGCAAAAUCAGCUCUGUCAACUCUCAUCUCGGAUGUGCAACAAGAACACGCACAAAGAGAUGAAAUCCAGCUCAUUCGCUUCUGGUUCACACAAUGAUGAAGUAAAUGCCUUGCAAUUUUCUUCUUUUCAAACUUAAGCUAUCUUCUUCCUUCUGUCCUUUAAUUAUUGAACAUCUGUGAUGCGCUUGAAUGCAUCACCCACUGUACAAGACAAAGAGCUGUUAGAUGCUAGUGUGGUAGUUAAUUCUUUUCUUGGUGUAUGGGACUUGAGAUACUUUCACUAUUCAUGUGAUCCUUCUUCAUUUUCUCUCUUGACUUGUAGACAAUAAAACUUAGCAUUGAGCAAAACACAAAA